AUGCUGAGGCCACGAAGUCUCGGGGCCUUUCAGGCCGCCCGCUGUCCCUCCUGCCCGCCGAGUUGUUUCGUAACACUGUACCACAGCGUGCGGGCUGAAGCAACGGCAGUGGCGGAAGCCCCCACCGCCACCGAGGCUUCGCAUGACGCUUUCAGUGUGUGGGCCGGGGAUCUGGUGGUGCGCGCGCCGCGCCCCAACGGUGCGGCGCGGCUCAGCAGCCGUCGCAGAACGACCGCCACCCUCCAGCAGGGAGCGGCACAGCCCCGCGGCGGCGGCGCGCCCGGCGCGACGCCCAACGUGCCCACGCUCCAGAGGGGACAUGUGGGCACAGGCAUCAGGAGCAGCAGCAGCAGCGACGGCAGCGUCAGCAGCAGGAAGGCCUCCAGCGGCGGCGCUCCGCUGGAACAGCUGCAGGCUGACGUGGCGCUGCUGCUGCGCCUAGAGGCCGAGCUGCUCCAGUCCUCUGGCGCAGCCAAGCCCUCUGUGCCGCCUAG